AAUGUGCAAUACUGGAAUGUCUGUACCCGCUGCCGAUGAUGCUGUUCCAAGUACCUCCCAGAUUCCUGCUUCAGAACAAGAGACCCUGGUUAGACCAAAACCAUGGCUUUUGAAGUUGUUAAAAUCUGUUGGUGCACAAAAAGACACCUACACUAUGAAAGAGGUUCUAUUUUAUCUAGGCCAAUAUAUUAUGUCUAAGCGAUUAUAUGAUGAAAAACAACAACAUAUGGUAUAUUGUUCAAAUGAUCUUCUAGGGGAUCUGUUUAGUGAGUCAAGCUUCUCUGUAAAAGACCACAGGAAAAUCUAUACAAUGAUCUACAGAAAUUUGAUAGUAGUCAAUCAGCAGGAACCAUUGGCACAUGUGAGUGAAAAUAGGUGUCAUCUUGAAGACAGGAGUGAUCAAAAGGACUCUGUGCAAGAGUUACAGGAAGAGAAACCAUCAUCUUCCAAUUUGAUUUCUAGACCAACUACCUCAUCUAGGAGGAGAGCAAGAAGUGAGACAGAACUAAAUUCAAAUGAACUGUCCAGUGAAGUACAA